CCCGUCUUCACCGGUGCCAUAGACCCGGACAUGACAACUACUGCGAACAUCCGCCAACGACGACCCUUUCCGAUAUGAUAUGUGAUGAACCCGGGGGGAGACAACAAACUCGUCAACCUCAUCUUGACCGAUGGCCAUCGCCGGCAUCUGGGCCACGCGUAUGCGCAAGCCGCACACACGCCCGAUGGCGCUUCUCAAAUUCCACCCCCAUCCAAUCACUCACAUCAAGCACAUCCAUCAUCUAGGCACUUGUGCAAGCAGCCGGCCCUCGUCCUCGACCACCCUUCCACGGAAACGGAUGCCAUGCUCGUGUACAUCGGAUACUUCACUGGACACUCUGCAUGGAAGCCCGAUCAACAAACAACCUACGCGCGCACACGCACACACACACACACACACACAAGCUUCCUAUCGUUCCCAACACGGCACCGUCAAGCGCGGG